AUGAUAGACAAAUCAAUAAAGUAUGCACAUGGAAUAGUUGAGAAUGUGUUGGUCAAAGUGAGAAAGUUUUUUCUCCUAGCAGAUUUUGUGAUUCUUGAUAUGGAGGAGGAUGAUAAUGCCUUAAUCAUUCUAGGGAGCUUAUUCUUAGCCAUUAGGAGAGCUCUCAUUGAUGUUGAAAAGGGUGAAUUAAUAUUGAGGAUGCAUGAUGAGCACUUAGUUUUUCAUAUUUUUAACAUCAUGUAUCAUUCAAGUGAGAAGGAGAAUUGCAUAAAGGUUGAAUCAAUUGAUCCAAGUCUCCAAGAACCCCCUGAUAAAGCUAACAAGAAUUUGCAACCCAAGCCUCCUUUUGUGGAAAUCAACAUAACUUCUCCUGACAUCAAACCUAAGUUUGGUGUUGGGUGUGCAUCAUCAAAGAAAGAGGAAGAAAAGACUCCGACGAAAAAGACCAAAGGCUAG